GCAUACAGAUAACACUCUAUUCAUUCACCCGAAUGGCAUCGCACGUGCACUGAUGCACGUGACCGCGAUCGUUACGCUGAACUUAUUUGAAAAACGCUCUUGUUAUUUCGGUUUUUCGUCACAGACAUUGGACAGUUGAACGAUUCUACUCAAAGUGUGACUUUACUAACAUGUUUUGUGGCACAAAAUUCAUGUUUGACGAAUAAAUUGGGCGGUGCCACGUCUACGUCAUGCUACAGGGCUGUUUCCAGGGUAUAGCAGAACUUCAACAUGCCACCUAAAGGCGUGGGGCGCGGCGCGUGGCGGCGGCGCGGGCGCGGCGGGCGGCAUGAUGACGCGGCGUCCGCCACCAUGACGCUGCCGCCGCCCGCGCGCCCCGCCCACCCCUCCGCGCAUCGCGCCAUGCGCUAUUACCGCAUCUGGAUAUAUGCGUGCAACGGCGCGCUGCUCCUGGGUUCGUUGGCCUUCUGUGCGGCUGCUGGACGCGCUCUCGCAGACUACCGCCGCGCUCUGGUCCCUGGCCUUAACGCCGCACAACCAGGUUUCCUGUAUGGCUACGCGGCGUUACCUGUGCAAACAGGUCUACUGCAGAUGCUCGGAUGUGUCGCGGCGCUUCGUCUCUCUGAGCGAUUGCUUAACGCAUACUGGUUUGCUCUUCUGGCGCUACUCGUCGGUGACGCCGCCAUCGGUGUUUACUGGGCUUUCCGAUUUGAGCGAGUCUGUCGAGAACUGCGUCCCCAACUAAAGUUACGUCUGCUUAGAGAUUACGAAACAGAUGCAGAAUUUACGGAAGCCUGGGAUCGCCUCCAAAGAGAACAGCGCUGCUGCGGGGUGACUGGACCGGCUGACUUCGCGCACCUGAACCGCACAUCUCUGCCCGCGAGCUGUUGCCGCAUGCCGGCGCACACGCCCGCCACGACGCCUGCACUGUUUGCUGCCACGUCCAGCACGUCGCUCGCCACCUUCACGCCCGCCCACUGCGUCCCACACACUGCGGCGUGCGCGGACCGAUUACAGAAUUGGACUCGACGAACUGCUGACGCGUUGUUUGUGCUAGGUUACUGUGUGAUCGCGUUUUUGAAGUUAUGUUUUCUCGGAAUUUUACGAUACGAGAUAAAAGAGAUGAUCCAAAAAAUUAGACUUAUUCGAAGCGAGCUUGGAGCCGGUGAACUUCUAGAUGGUAGCCCGAUCCAUGGCGGGCCAUUGUCACAGACGGUGAUAGUAAACGCCGUGAAUGCGAAUGGCGGCGUGCGGGCGCAUGGUGGUAGUCCCGAGCGAGCAGGUGAACGAGACGCGCUGCUUGGACGCUUGACGGACACGUGCUCGCGGCGCGGCACGCAUGACGAUCCUUUGGCGUCGAAAACUAUAAACGGGAACAACAAUUGUGAGAUGCGCGAGUUGGCACGAGGAGAGUACAGACCGUUGGCGGCAGACAGUGCGGCAACUCGGAUCUGACUAAGAUGUUACCUGGAGCGGCUGUUCGGGCGGCGCUGGCGCUCGUUUCCGGCGAGCGGGUGCGAGGCGGAGCUGCUGGCGGCGCACGCGGCGGCGGGCUCGCGCGAGCGCCGCGCCGGCGCCCGCGUUCGUCUCGACACGCGCCGCCACACCCGCUCCGAGUUCGAGCUGUGACUGCUCUAAUGCGCUUGCCGACGCGCCCGAAUCCACUUCUAAUCGCUCUGUUGACCUUUUUAUGUCGAGUGCCGAAUUUUUCAGUAACUUCUGCAUGUUUAUAGUGGUAGAUAAAAUCCAGACUAAAUGAUGACACUCCGCCAGUGAAGUGUUUUCGGAAGAAGGGCGUUGUGAACAAACGAAAAGGACAAGUGUGGAAUGACAGUAGUAUAUCGUAUAUAUAUAUUGGUGAGUUUGAACCCACGAGCAAAGCUUGUGUUUAGUUCCUAUAUUUAUGCUUGGCAGUUACGAUUUUGUUGAUAGGUAUUUGUGUUUCAAGAUUCACAAUGAUAAACAUAAAUUAUAAGUCACUUUAUAAUGCGUCAUUAAUAAUAUACCUACUCAAUAAUAAUGGUAAAACGAUAUGGUUUGUACCUAUCAUAUGUAGAACCGCUGACACAAUAAGGGCGAUCAGAAGAGCGCACAUUAAGCGUCAACAGCAACGCAUAACCUAUUUCUCUCGGGCGAAGAAAUAUUGUCUAACUUACGUACUGAAGAAAAUAUUGUGUUUAGCAAUAGGUUAACAUUUGGGUAUUUGUAUCUAUUAUGUAGAAUUUUAUCACAUUACUUUCUUGGAAUUAAGUGAAUAUCACAUUAUUUUAAUAAAAUAAUAUAUUAAACGCGUGAAACAUUUGCAUGGAUUAGAUUCGAUACUUUGAUAUCUCAGCUUUACCACCUACAUGAAUUAUUGAUUCCACAAGGAGAUUUUCAACGAACAAAAUAACCAAAUACGAAACAAUUAGCAAAUUUUCUACUACAUAGACAAUAAUGUUUCUAUACUAGUCCUUAGUGGAAUGUUACAAAAUGAAUAUUAUGAUGCACGAAUAUCCGUACAGCGUCCGCGGCCGCGUAGACUCUAGACGGUACUCACGCAGCGGCCGGACCGCACCGCUUACCGUAGAAUACGACCUCGCAGUGGUCGGCGCUCGGCGCAUCGAGCCGGCCACAGACCGGCUUCUCACUCCAAUCUACACAA